ACAGAACACGACGGUAUAGGAAAGCGAAAAGGCGUGAAAAAGUUUCGCGAAAUUCUCUUAGGCAUCCGGGCAAACGGUGUGUGUCGUGCCGUGUAUCGCGUCGAGAUUGCCACUGCAGUUUUUCUCGUCGCGUCUCGUGUGCGUGUGUGUGUGCGUGCGUAAGUUUGCGUGACACGUACGGGGCGUGUACGUCGUUUUCCGGGGUGCGGUGCAUUUCUCAUAGGACGAAAGAUCUCACGGAUCCACCGGAUCUUAAUAUGUUUGAAGGAUCAUCGUGGUUCAGAAAAAAGAGCUGCCUCUUGUGAAGUGAAUUUUCUUCGAGUUGCGCGCAUGCCUCCGUGCUGCUCACUCACUCGCCAUUUUGGAGAUAUAAUGUUAUUCUUGGGAAUGGAUUGACAGAGAAUUCAUACAGAUUAAAGGAUUAGAAACAUCUUUUAUUAUUAAAUAAAGAGGCACGGUGUCUGUGAAAUAGGCCUCGGCCAUUAAUUCAUCAAUUUCUCUACUAUGCCAGCUGUUUCAAGACCCGGUAGCCUUAAAGAUCCAGAGAUCGCAGAAUUAUUUGAGAAAAAUGAUCCGGAGAAGAUAUUUGAAGACCUUCGGGAAAUUGGACAUGGUAGCUUUGGAGCUGUCUAUUAUGCCCGAUGCCUGGUUACCAAAGAAAUUGUUGCUAUUAAGAAAAUGUCAUAUUUGGGAAAACAAACGGUUGAAAAGUGGCAAGAUAUUUUAAAAGAAAUUCGUUUUCUUAGGCAACUCAAUCACCCAAAUACUAUAGAAUAUAAGGGUUGUUACCUCAGGGACCACACUGCCUGGUUGGUGAUGGAAUAUUGUCUUGGGUCUGCAUCAGAUAUUAUAGAGGUACAUAAAAGACCUUUAAAAGAAGAUGAAAUAGCAGCAAUCUGUGAAGGAGUUUUACGUGGUUUACAUUACCUCCAUUCUCUUGGAAGAAUCCAUCGGGAUGUUAAAGCAGGAAAUAUUCUUCUCACUGAAAAUGGAACAGUAAAAUUGGCAGAUUUUGGUUCUGCUAGUAUAAAAUGUCCAGCAAAUAGCUUUGUAGGAACUCCAUAUUGGAUGGCACCAGAAGUGAUAUUAGCUAUGGAUGAAGGGCAAUAUGAUGGUAAAGUGGAUGUAUGGUCAUUAGGAAUUACAUGCAUUGAACUAGCUGAGAGAAAGCCUCCUUACUUUAAUAUGAAUGCCAUGAGUGCUUUGUAUCAUAUUGCACAAAAUGAUACUCCAGCUUUGAAUUCACCAGACUGGACUGAUGUUUUUCGACAUUUUGUUGAAGUUUGUCUUACAAAAAGUCCUAAUGAAAGACCAACAUCUGGUACACUGUUGUCUCAUCAGUUUGUUACAAGAACACGUUCUCCACAAGUCUUAAUAGAUUUGAUUCAAAGAACGAAAGCUGCUGUUAGAGAGCUAGAUAAUUUAAAUUAUCGCAAAAUGAAAAAGAUUUUAAUGAUAGAUGCAUGUGAAACUGAAAGUACAGUUGGGGAUGCUGAUGAUACUCCUGAUGAACAAACUGGUGGUGAUAGUAGCAAAAGUAAUUCAAUUACCUCAGAGCAUUCAAUCCAUUCAAUGGGAGUAUCAGCGAGUUCUCAAAGUUCCUCCACAAACAGCUUACCACUGCCUAAUGCAGAUUCAAAUGACUAUUCCACUGGUUCUGUUAGAAAUCGACAUAAAAUAACGACUGGUGGUGUCACAGCUAAUCUGCUUGAACAUGGUGCCAAUAAUUUUGCAACCAUUAGAACAACAUCAAUUGUGACCAAACAACAAAAGGAACAUAUGCAAGAGGAAAUGCAUGAGCAAAUGAGUGGUUAUAAGAGGAUGAGGCGAGAACAUCAAGGAGCUUUGGUUAAAUUGGAAGAACGUUGUAAAAUGGAAAUGGAAUCCCAUAAACAGUUAUUAGAUAAGGAAUAUGAAACAUUAUUGCAACAAUUUAGUAAAGAAUUGGAGAAGUUACAGCUUAGGCAUUACCAAGAAUUGGAACGUAAACUUAAACAGAACCAAAAUGCGGAAAAGAAACUUCAUAAAGAAAUAACAAGUAGGCAAGAAGCUGAUCGAAAAGCUCUUGAAGCUCAACAGAAACGAGAGUACAAAGCAUACAAAGAAAGAUGGAAAAAAGAACUUUCUCAGGAUGAAGUAACACCAAAGCGACAAAGGGAUGCUACUCUUCAAAGUCAAAAAGAUAAUUUAAGACAAAUGGAGGCACAAGAAGAACAACGUUUAGCUAGAGGACAAAGAGAAUAUCUUGAUCUUGAGAUACGUAAAUUCAGAAGAAAAAAGUUGCUUAUCUUUCACAGUCUUGAACAAGAGCUUUUACGUGAAGAAUUGAACAAAAGACAACAACAAUUAGAACAAGCACAUGCUAUGCUGUUACGGCAUCAUGAAAAGACUCAAGAAUUAGAAUACAGACAACAAAGAGCAGUACAUGCUCUUAGAGAAGAUCAAGUUCUUCGCCAACAUGCUACUGAACUUUGUAAUCAACAGGAUUAUAUGCAACGGGCUGAACGUGAUUUACGUAAGAAGCAUGCACUUGAACUUAAGCAGCAGCCAAAGAGCCUCAAGCAAAAAGAAAUGCAAAUUCGUAAACAGUUUAGGGAAACUUGUAAAAUACAGACCAGACAAUAUAAGGCAUUAAAAGCACAGAUAUUGCAAACAACUCCAAAGGAUGAACAGAAAGCAGUUAUAAAGAAAUUAAAAGAGGAACAGAGGCGAAAACUUGCACUUUUAGGAGAUCAAUAUGAACAGAGUAUUGCUGAAAUGCUUCAGAAACAAAGUAUACGGUUAGAUGAAUCGCAGGAAGUCCAGUGUCAUAAUCUUAAGGAAAGGUUAAAUUAUGAAUUAGAGAUUUUGAUCGCGUAUCAGUCUAAAAAUAAAAUGCAAGCCGAAGCACAGAGAAAUCGUGAACGACGUGAAUUAGAAGAUCGUGUAUCUGUGAGACGAGCUUUACUUGAACAAAAAAUGGAACUCGAAACGCAAGAAUUUCUUCGCGAGCGCAGCGAACGAAUACGUUUGUUACAUGAAAGACAAGAACGUGAAUUACAACAAUUUGACGAGGAAAGUGCAAGAAUAGGAUUCAGUGCUCUGGCGAUAGCAGAAGCAUCAAAAGAAUCGUAUCCAGAUGAUGAAAGCCUUAGUGGCUCAAUGUUAAGUCUGGCUCACAGUAAUAGCUCUACAUCCUUCCCCCCUAAUAGUCUUUAAUUUUAAUUAUAUUAAUAGAAUAUGUAUGUAUGUGUCUGCCUGUAGUAAGUACAUAAUGAGUCUGCCGAUCUAUAGUUCUAUGACUUAUACGGAUGAAACAGUGGUUGGCUCAUUGCGUGCAUUAAUUCAAACCUAAAAAAAGAUUUUAGGAUUGGAAAUGUGUAUUGGACUGAAGUUAAUCUAUUGGGAUACUUCUUUAUUAUCAAAAUGUCAACACAGAAGCUCUUGGUUUGAAGAAAUAUUCCUUCAUAUUGAAGGAAAAUUUAGAUGCUUUUUGCAGCAUUGUAAUUAUUAAUCUCAUCCUCUAUCAUAUUUAAAAAAAGAAAGAAAGAAAAGAAAAAAAAUAACAUCGGAAAGAAGCAAUAAAAAUUUAUCUGACUCUCAAUGUCUCUUAUAAAUAAAUUUAAAGAAUUUUGAAUGAUUUCAACUCUCUUGAAUUUUUCGUAUUGUUUUUAUAAAUUUAUAGCUCGAUUCGUUAGAGAGAAGAAAUUUUAAACUUAUUCAUUUAUCAUAAUGAAUAUUGACUAUUAUAUAAAAGUUGAGAAAAAGAAAAAUAAACAAUAAGGCCGACUUUAUUGUAUAUGGCUUUAUCUAGCUUUAUUGUAUGAAAUUGAGAAUUAGUAAUGAAGAUAAUUUUUAAUUUUUAUUUUAUAACAUGAUUUAAAAAAUUGUUGACAAUAUUAAAAGCUGAAUAUGAAAACUUAUUAAAA